AUGCAACCAACCUCUGUUUCUGUUUCCAUUUCCAAUAAAGACAAAAAAUCAGCCGAAAAAAAGGAUAACUUUGGAGUGAAGGGCGUCUGGGUUGACCCACAAUGUGUCAUUGCUUAA